GUAUCCCACCGGAGACUUUGUAUACGUCUACAGGCUGCGCACUGCGUGGGAGGAAUUUAUGGUUAAGACUAGACUUUUCUUCGCUUUGCCUUGGCGAAGCUUCCAGAGCGGCAGUGUUCUCAAGUUAGUUCUUCGCGGCGAGAUAACAGAUCAGCUGAGGAGCUUUUCCAGGGCACUAUCAUUGCCUCAAAUUUGCAGGAAUUUCGAAAAAGCCGCUUAUGAUCCUCGUGUAGCAGACAUUUAUCUCCAUAUUGAUAACUUGAGUUGUGGGUGGGGAAAGCUAGAUGAGAUUAGGAGGCACAUAUUAGAUUUUAAAAAAUCAGGUAAGUUCAUCAUUGGCUAUGUGCCUACAUGUGGGGUGAAAGAAUAUUACAUUGGCUCUGCUUGUGAGGAACUUUAUGCUCCACCAAGUGCCUAUGUUGGAUUAUAUGAGUUCCUUGUUCAGGCAUCAUUUCUUAGUGGUGUGUUCGAGAAAAUUGGGGUUGAGCCUCAAGUUGAACGGGUUGGGAAAUACAAAAGUGCUGGAGACCAACUUACGUGUAAAAGCAUGUCUGAUGAGAAUCGUGAGAUGCUGGCUUCUUUGCUUGAUAACAUCUACAGAAAUUGGCUCGACAAAAUUUCACUUGCAAAAGGGAAACAAAAAGAAGAUAUUGAAAAUUUUAUUAAUGACGGAGCACAUCAAGUUGAGAGAAUGAAGAAAGAAGGAUUGAUAACAAAUAUUAAAUAUGACGAUGAGGUAAUGGACUUGAUGAGAACACGUCUAGGUAUUCCGCACACCAAAUUGCUUCCAACUGUUGGCUACAGAAAGUACUGUAAUGUUAGAAGAUCAACUUUAGGGUUAACCGGUAGUAAAGAUUUGAUAGCUAUAAUUAGAGCCUCUGGAAGCAUCAGCCGGAGCUCAAGGAUUAUCGUUGAGCAGUUCAUUCAGAAGAUUCGUAGAGUAAAAGUGUCAAAAAAUACAAAGCUGUUAUCAUUCGGAUCGAUAGCCCUGGAGGAGAUGCACUUGCUUCUGAUUUAGCAGAUGAGGCUGAACUUUUUUCCAAGAGAGCACAUGACAUGUACAAACAGUUUCGAGAUAAGGCAGCCUCUUCAAGAUCAAUGACAGUGGACAAGAUGGAACAGGCUGCACAGGGGAGAGUUUGGGUUGGUGAGGAUGCUGCUUUGCUCGGUCUGGUUGAUGCUAUUGGCGGACUUUCUCGGGCAAUAGCUAUAGCAAAACAAAAGGCGAAUAUACCACUGGAGAGACAGGUGCCUAUAUUAAAGCAAAUUAUUAGAUGUGCAUACAGAUUGGAUCGUUAACAUAAUUGUUGAUAAUGUGCUUUCUUUGGGAUGCCAAGGGUUAAUGUACAGGGUUUGACAAAAAGGUCAAUAAAGCUAAUCGAUAACCAUAGCUUCAAAUUA